UGUCACCUCUUGCCCGGCCCCGCGUUGUUUGGCGGUUGCUUUGAGGGGUCGGCUGGCGGCCGCUCACUGGUGGUGUCCCGGUGGUGACCAUGUCGGGAGCGUGGGCCGAGUCCACGCCGAGUCAUGAAUCUGAUGAAAUGGCAUCUCCUCUCAUUCGGAAAUCUGAAGUUAGCAGAGCAGCUCGGCGGUACAGCACUGUAGAGAUGCAACCACUGAAGGCAGCUGCGUCAACUAUUUCAAACCUGCCUGCAGUUGACCGAGCUGAAGCUCAUAUCUUCCAUGAAUUCUACACUCCACAGACUAGAGUUUGCCCUGUAAAGAAAAGUGAAAUAUUUAAUAUCUUAUCAUCACUUCGACUUCCCAUAAUGGUAACAACUCCAGAAGCAUCAAUGUACCAAAUUUCAUCUGAGUUAGAUGAAAUUGAAACAGAUCAAUUCACUAAGCAGAGGAUUGAUUUCAAGACUAUUGGUUCACCAGGAAACUUUACUGAGGAUCUAACUCUUAGUGCAGCCAUGCUGAAUGAGGAUGAUCCAGGAGUAACUGCAUCAGUCCACUUGUUCCCAGAGUUCUUGCAUUCUUUCUUGAGUCAUUCGUCUAGACCUAUCUUUGAACUCAUUGAAUCUUAUGAAGCCAUUUGUAAUGAACAGGUUAAAAUGCUUCAGAAGAUUGUGAAUCGUGCAACCCCUGGACAGCAGAAGUUUUCAAAAACAGCCAGUGUUCUUUGGUUCCUUCAGCAAGAGAUGAUCACUUGGCGUUUAAUUGGCUCUCUUUACAGGGAUAGAGUUGAAUCUGUUGGGGAAGAGGGGUUGAUGUUUGAUGUAUCUGCACCAAAUAUAACUGAGAGGACCAUUGUAGAAAUGCUUUUCCAGCGAGAUUCACUGAUCCGACAGAGCCAGAUCGUUGUAGACUGGUUGGAAAGUAUUGCUCGAGAUGAGGCUGGAAAUUUUGCAGAGAACAUUGAAUUUUAUGCAAAAUCUGUAUAUUGGGAAAAUACACUGCAUGUGUUGAAGCAACAAAGAUCUGGGAGCUCUGGAUUUUCAAGGCCACUUGUGACUGAGCUGGAUCCAGAUGCUCCUAUAAGACAGAAAAUGCCUCUUGCUGAUUUGGAUCGGGAGGAUGAUGCCAGAUUCAUGAAAUACCUUUUUGCUCUUAUACGAGCUGGUAUGACUGAUAAGGCUCAGCGACUCUGUGAACGUUGUGGUCAGGCUUGGAGAGCAGCAACACUGGAAGGCUGGAAACUGUACCAUGAUCCAAACCUUAAUGGUGGAGCAAAGCUUGAAACUGUAGAAGGAAACCCAUACAGAAGUGUUUGGAAGGCUUGUUGUUGGAGGAUGGCAGAAGAUGAACACUUUAACCGUUAUGAACGAGCAAUCUAUGCUGCUCUAAGUGGAAACCUCAAACAGCUCCUUUCAGUUUGUGAUACUUGGGAAGACUGUGUUUGGGCAUACUUCAGAGUUAUGGUAGACAGCCUUGUGGAACAGGAAAUCCGUUCACUGAGUACUAUGAGUGAAUUGGAAGAAUUACCUAAAGAGUACAUGGAAGCAAAUUGGACACCAGAGGCAAUAUUUGAAGAACUGCAAGCAAUAGACAAAAGGCAAGUAUUGGAGGAGAAUAAAGCUCAUUAUCACAUCAUUCAGAAAUACAUCAUCUUGGGAGAUAUCGAUGGUCUGUUGGAUGAAUUUCAGGAUUGGCUUACAAAGUGUAGAUUAGUUCUUCCUCCUCACCUCCUUCGAUUCAUGACACAUCUAGUGCUGUUCUUCUGGAAUUUGGGCAUGCCAACAAAGGAGGAGAUUUGUAUGGACAUUAUAAAAAGUUAUAUCGAGUUUCUAAUCAAAAUGAAGCACACAGAUUUGAUAGCAUUUUAUGUAAGACACUUGCCACAUCAGAUGGGUAUUGCUCAAUAUUCAACAUUCUUGGAGACUGUCACAGAGACUGAACAAAGGAAACGUUGUCUAGAUCUUGCAAGAGAGGCUGGUUUACAUGUAGCAGCUGUGACAAAGUCUGUGGUGGAAAGCAUCAGGAAGAAAGAUGCCAAGGACUUUACUCACCAUGACCAAUCACCAUCUCUGGACACUGCCACCACAAAAGAAGAUCGCUUGAAGAUCAAUGUUAUUGAAUGGUUGAUGUUCGAUCCUGCACAAAGGGCAGAAGCACUAAUCCAAAGCAAUGCAAUAAUGAGGAAAUUCUUGGCUUCUAAGAAACAUGAAGCAGCUAAAGAGGUGUUCAGCAAAAUCCCACCGGAUUCUGUAGCUGCAGUGUAUGCAAACUGGGAAAAUUAUGGAAUGGAAGUCAUGCCUCCAGCAGAGGAUGAAAACGCUGUCCGGGAACAUUUGUGCAUACGAGCUUAUCUGGAAGCUCAUGACAAAUUUAAUGAAUGGUUCAAAGUGAAGCAAUCUGCACCACAAGAGCCUACCCUCACUGAAAAUGCAAGUUUCACAGAAACGGUGGCUCAUGAACACAAGCAGAAAAAGUUCAAGAUGGAUUUUAAAAGAUGGAGUGACAACUUGGAAGCAUUGACCAAUGAAGUAAAAGAGAAAAUCUAUAAUGUCUUGCUUUUUGUGAAUGGAGGAUGGCUGGUUGACAUCAGAGAGAAUACUGAAGAAGAUGUUGAACGCAGUCAUCAGUUAAACUUGUUACGUCAGCUCUGCCUGCCAGCAAUGUGCUUCUUGCUUCACACAGUGCUGCACAGCACAAAGCAAUACCAACAGUGUUUAAAGCUGGCUGAUGUGAUUGCAUCCGAACAACACAAGCUUUAUCAAGUCUUCACAAAAGAAGAAAUGACAAAGUUUUUGCGGUUGUUGAGAGAGUCAUCACUCAUGCUAUUGGAUCAGAACCUUGAUCCUCUGGGGUAUGAAUUACAACCAUAGAGGUUAUCUGAAAUAGAGUGAAAAGUUAUAAUUCCCUUAAAAUAGGAAUCCAAUUUCUGUUGAGGUAACUUCACAAUUUCUCAUCCACCACACUUGCUUCUCCAUUUCAAAAAGUUGUAUUUUCUUUAACUAGAAAUGGACAAUAUUUGAAUUUGUAAUUUUAUUUACACUCUAAUUUUUUUAUACAAAAAUUUUGUACUGUCUUACUGAAUGCACUGGUUUGUUCUGUAAUUAUAAAUCAAUAAAGUUUC